CCGAGAACGCGCCGUCUCCUGCGUGAGGAGAUCACAUACUCAGUUGCGAAAGAGCGGGAGGUCAAUGUCCUACACCAAUUGGGCUCCAUGACCAACAAAAUCGGUUCUUCAGCUACCUAUAUAACAAACGCGUCUGGAUGAAAGGAGUUGUUGUUCAUCGUCUGGGUUUAAGAUCCAUUGAAGUAUGCCAUGUGACAGACAUGAAGAAUUGGUUUGUGGCAGCUUCAACGUUUGCAUUCUAGUUACCAUUGAUACCUGGAAGGACAGGCAACAACAAGGUCAACGUGUUCUCCUUCGCUUCCCGCUUCCAUACCGUGUUGGAGAAGACUUCCGACCUGGAAAUGGGGAUGAAAAGAUACGAUGCGAGGCCGGUGCCUAUGCAUGGCUUGAAGAAACUGACCAGAUGUGCCAAUUCCACGAUUUUCACUCGAAUUGAUAACCUACCCUUUAUAAACCGAUGCUUUCGAUAUUUACAUCGCCGACUGUUGUCAUUUUUUGGCCUUCCAGUGCCUUCACGCUAUUACCGCCAUUCAAACAGAACCCAAACUUCUCAAGAUGGUGUCAUGGGUGCGGGAUAUCUGCUAAUCGAGUGCAUUGACCAAGAUGGAGAGACAAUGCUCUCAAACACUUGCCAAAUACCCUUGCCACACAUUGGCUCCUUCAUCAUUGACUACAAUGGAUUCUUGCGUUUAAGUAAUCGCCCCCUUUCAAUUGAGAUCCAACAGUUGGAGAAUGAGAAAAUCCCAACCCAUAUCCCUCGUGAUUACACCUAUUCUACUGUCGAGUCCUAUGUGAUGGACAUGCUCGCCAUCCAUGACAGUCAGCUCCAAAAUCAACCUAAUGCAGUGAACAAUCUAGAGGAUUGUGCCUCUCAAAUGUCUGCACUGGCGGCAAUGCGAACAAUAUUUCCAUUGUUUUUCCAGCAAAAGUUCCGCCGUGGACCUUUCACAUUUACAUUGACGGAUUUGCAUCAAAGCAAUAUAUUUGUUGAUGAUAACUGGCACAUCUCACGUCUGGUCGAUCUUGAAUGGGCAUGUUCUAGGCCAAUUGAAAUGGUCGAAAUGCCUUACUGGUUGACAAACAAGGGCGUGGAUGAGAUUGACGCUGAAGAAUAUAAUACCAUUCGAAUGGAACUAAUGGCCGCUCUGGAGACCGAGGAAACAAAACGAUCCAGCUCUGCUGGUUUAGCUGACAUUGGGAGAUCAAUACCGGGACUACCAGCUACCAUGGAACAGGUAUGGGCGUCGGGAACUUUCUCGCGCUCUCCAGUCCCACAGGCCUCUUCAGAAUAUUCUACAACCAUAUCCUCCCCUUGCUAUCCCAUCAUCUUUCUGAGGAAAUCGGGGAGGUCAUGCCCCUUUUAUGGGUGAAGGAUGUAGGGAAGUUUGUUGCGAACAAAAUCUCACAUAAGAAGAGAUAUGACCAAGACCUCCGGACGGCUUUCGAGGACCAUAACUAACAGUAGGCUAUCUACUGGCGAUACAUGAUAAAAAAGAUUUAAUACUCUGGUGCUCUUAUCUAGCUCCGAAAAUCCUCCUCACAAAAGAUUGUGCAACAAAUAUAUGGUUUGGUUACUGGAGGUGAAGCUUCCUAUGAUGUUACCAUACUCGCUGAUUUUUACUUUCUCCCCUUAUCAUGUCCUCCGCCUUCCUCCCCUUCUUUUCCGAAAUAUUUAUCAACUGCUUCACCCACAGCCCUAAAACCCUUCUUUGCCUGGUUUAUAUCCCUCUUCCGUUGAGCUGCUCUGCCCGAGGAACUGAGUUGUUGAAGCGCCCUUACAUCUGCCUUUACCCUCACAGUUGCUUCUUCGAUAGUUGCAGCUUCAUCAGAGCUACGUCGAUCGGCAUUGUCGGAAUCUUGUCCGUCGGGCAUCUUAAAAGACUCAUUCGGCCCAGAUCUGAACAGAGAUUAGAAUAUUUUAACGUAGAUAUAUUUAUUUCUUGUAAUCGUGCCGAACUUUGCGAUUAGAAAGGAUAUGAACCGUAGAUAUCAAGUGGGAGUAG